AUGCUGAGACGCAGUAGGGUGUUGCCGCCCAUUUCGGAGCCCACUCACGGCAUCGAGCUGCCGGACGUCGAAGCAGAAGACGCAAUCUACACGCAUGAUAAGGAGAGAAAUCCACUGGUGCGGAUUGGUCCUCGCUGUGCAACUCUCUGCUCCGAUCACGAGCACAAGUUGUUGAGUUGUUCCAAGUCAUGCGCUACGGUGCCGGCGCCGCAGCACCAGCGUGUGGGCGAUGCAGUUGUGUUCAAUGUGCCCAGUCUCUCGUCUGGUGAAAACGUGGCACGGAGCAGCAGCGCCCGCCGUCAUUUGCGCUCAGAGGACGGUGGCGUCACUGAGGCGCCUCAGCCUGCAUUCCGAGAGGGUGGGACGACCGAGCUCCCUGAGCCCACCCCGGCCUGUGCUAGCCCACCGACGUGUAGCAACGACGAAGAUAAUCAGGUAGCCGUAGAUAGCCAAGCCAACCACUCGGCGGACUUCAUGAACUCGGGUCGCAGCUGCAGUAGCGAGAUUCAACCCACGUCGGCAGGCAGGGAUGCUGUUCUCCUCAGUGAAUCCAAGGAGGACCCAGCGGAUUCCGCUGUACGACGGAAGCUCGCGCGAGUGCGGAGCAAAAACUGCGUUUUGCUGAUUGUACUGCUGGCGAUCGUUAUUGUGCUGGCCUUAGCUGGUGGCGUUGGGGUUGGCUUUGUGAAUAAGAAGUACUUAAUGUUGAUGCACCGUAUGUAUUUGGUAUCGAGAGAACGCGUCAUUCUCAACAGCUCGACGAUGCUGCUUAAAGAUUACCAUACUGCACUGCAUGCAGAGACGCGAAGUCUCAUGGCGUUUGUGCACAGCUCGAUGGCCGACAAAACUCCAACGAACACAACCGAACUGCAGAGGGCCCUGUAUAUUCCCUUUUUCAACGUGUGGUGGACGUGGCUGUACUCCGCUAACAUCCCAACGACGCAUUCGAUUUACGUAUCCCUCUGCGAGGAGUCCCUGAUCAGCACCGAAAAAUGUCCCCUCAUGGCUCUGACCAUCGCGUGCCUGCCGCAAAACUCAAGUCUGAGGUGCUUUUAUAUGCGCUCGUAUGAACUGAACAGCUCGCAGAUGGUGGUCAACCACAUCGACUUUGACAAGACCGGCGUUCCACGGAUUGGCCCCUUUUACAGGCUCGUGCCACUGGUGGUGAACCAUAUGCCCAAAAGGUCCCACCACAGGUAUGACUACUUCUUUAGCCAGGACCACUCCAUCUUGCUCAACGGCGUGGUGCACAACACCCUGACCAUUCGGCAUCAGACGCAGAUGAAGGACCUUAUGGUCAUUUGUGAUACCAGCAGUCGCAUUGAUAGUUGGUUUGAGAGGUUCGAGCGCGGGCUCCAGAAAAGAGAUGGCAGCCACUACAUACUCUUCAGCAGCAACGGCACGAUUCUGGCGUACUCCCAUGAUGAUGACCAGGAUAAUAAUGGGGAACCAGUGUCCUCCAGCUACAAAAACCGUAGCUUGAUUCGAUCGAACGAGCAAGGAGUCGACAAAGCAGCUCUGGAGAAGCGCAUGGUGGCCAUCUUCGCCGAAGCACUACAGAACACCACGUUACUGACAGACCAUUCGCUGUCGAGAGACCCGUUCAUACUCACGAAGAGGAUAGACAACUACGUUGUGUUCUUUGAGGAUAUCUUACGCUUUCGCAGGGCCCACGAAAAAUUCAACACCUUCUUGGUAGCCGCGUACGCUGUGCCGCUGGACAUUUCUCUGGGCCUCCAUGGCUUCGUGCAUAUUAUGAUUUGUGUGGGCAUCAUCAUCAUCUGCAUGUCCCUCCUCGGUGGGGUUGCCAUGGUGACUAUGAACGAGAUGCAGCAUGUGGUGGAGUUCAUUUCGAGGCUCUCCACGCACGCUGCCACAUACGACACCAAGCAGAUGCGCAUUGCACUCGAUCGCCAGAAACCAGGCAUACUCGCCCGCAUCAUUACUUCCGCUGAUGUGAUCAAUCACGAGUUUCAGUGCAUCUUAGCAAAUCUGAACGCGCAUCGCCCGUUUCUGCCGCAGUCGCUGCUCGCCAAGUGCAAUGAGUCCUUCGACGAGGCACUAAAGCGGCCGAGCCUCGAGCGCCGCGACGUGGCCCUCGGCGGCGACUCCGCCAACGCCUUCUCCGUCAAUGAGGACGAGAUACCCGCCGAACCGCUGGCGCUGCCCUACCUGGGGAACACACUCGAGGGUAACGCUACGAACCCGAUCGAGAACUCGCGACUCUUGCAGCGCGGUUUUUACCGAACGAAAUCGACCAUUCUUGUCGUCAGUCUCUCGAACGUCGCCUUGGAUGCGGGCGACUCCGUGGAUGUGGUGAACCUCUUUGUGCAGACGGUGCUGAAUCACGCGACAAGCGCCAACGGUGUGGUGGAGGUCAUCGAGUUUCAAAAAAUCGUCAUCUCCUUUAAUUCGCACUUUCCGGUGCCGCGGCAUCAGGAGAAGGCGUGUCUGUGCGCGCUGGCGAUGCGCGACGCAUUCUACGGCAUGGGGUGCAGCGUCGGCAUGGGUAUAGCGUCGGGGUGCAAUUACGUUGGUACCACCGGAACAGAGCAGCUAAAGGCGCGUGUAAUCAUGGGCGAGAGCGUUGUGGUGGCGCAGUCGCUCACAACUCUCAACAACUUCCUCGGCUGCUCUAUUUUAGCCACUGACCAGGUGGUCUGUGAGGCCAUCGUGACGGCUGUCCCGGUGGAUGUCGUGCAGCUCUACUACGAGCAGAACCAUCAGUGGGUGCAGUACGGUGUCUCUGGGAUCAUCGGUAGUCAGCACACCAUUCUUUCUCCAGAUAUGCAGCUCGUCAAGUCUGUUUUUAAGCUAAUCCGCUACCGCCAAGCGGAGGAGGCGCUGGAGGUGGUGCGGAGGUACAUGGACGCUGCAGCUGAGCGGCGCGAAAUGCCUUCGUGGCCGGUGCGCCGCAUGCAUGCCCUAGUGGAGCAUCAACAGCAGUUGAUCAAGAGUGGUUAUCGACGACAGUGUCGACAAUGGCAGACCCUCGAGGGGGAUGAGAUUAUGAUGAACCGCCUCUCCGAGGCGAACCAUUUAUGCAACUGGCAGCGGCAGCACCGUCUCAAGACAACUGUCAGCACCACCAACGAGGACUCCCUCGCCAGAUUGUCGGCCACAGCCAAAGUGGUCUCUGGUGAGUUCGGCUUUGUCCCCAGCGACACCUUCAACUCGGGCUGCGAGGCGGCACUCGCGCGAGCGUUGAUGGGUGAGCAAUCAAAGCACAUCAUGACGCGGCAGCACUUGGCACCGGUGUCGAACGUAUGCUUGGGUGAGGAUGCCCUCUUUCCUGUUUUCGCGCUCAAGAGCAGCGACGAGGAAGAGGAAAAAUCAUCAGCCUCGACGCCGUCGUUGUUGCUGCAUGACUGCGGCACAGGCAGAAAAGGGGAGACCAGUGGUACGGACUCUGAAGAAAUGAGGUCCAUGCUGCUGGUGAAGACACGCAUGCCGCUCAGCGUGGCGCGUGAGGCUUUGCGCGUCGGGGCACCACUGCUGCCAUCCACCGGCUCAUCUCCAUCGCCUGCUCUACCGUCCGAUCACACUGAGUAUGCCCAUAGCGUACCUGGUAUCUCGACCUCGUCGAAUAACCACCAUCAGUCGGCGCUGGAUGGCCAGCGCAACGGUGCACCUAGCUUUCCACACGGUGGUACUUUUCACGGAGGGGCCUUGGUGACAUUGGGCACGCUCGAGGGCAACACUGGAGGAGGAUUCACUACUGGUGCGGGCGUCGUUCACAUCAAUGGUGACUCCGAUCGAGGCACACCGGACUCGGGACAUAGACAGAACAGGAAUGUCGCUGGUUCAGCGAAGACGCACACAAGCUGCGAACUGCCGCAGCGUAUAGUGUCGGUCAGUGGCCAGGUUUUUCACAGGACCUCGCAGAUUGUGGGGCGCGGGUCCUUUGGGGAAGUGUACCUCGCCAUAUCCGAGACUGGCUCGCUGAGCGCCAUUAAGGUGUUCCCGCUGAAUGACCAGAAUGCGCCGCAGCUCAUUCGCGAGGUCGAGGCGCUAUCGCAAAUGCGGCACGAAAAUAUCGUCGGUUACGACUGCUGCGCUGUUCAGGACAAUUUCUUCUUCAUCAUUUGCGAAUACAUGGCUGCUGGUACGCUUGGUUCGCUCAUUCAGAAGCUCGGGAUGAUCCCAGAGCGGGCGGCGCGCAAGUACGCAUGCGACAUGCUCUUCGGCCUCGACUACCUUCAUCAACACUCGUGGCUGCACUGCGACAUCAAGCCGGAAAAUAUCCUCAUCACCUCUGACGGCACGUGCAAGCUGGCAGACUUUGGUGCUGCCUCACUGGGGCGAAGUUUGAGGGACGCCGUUUCGGUGCGCGGGACGCCGCGAUUUUCGGCUCCAGAGGCUAUCCUGGGGACGUGGAAUCGACAGGCGGAUAUCUACAGCUUUGGUAUCACCGUUGCUCAGAUGGUGACGGGCGUGCACCCAUGGCACAACUACAAUGAACCUGACCACCUGUUCGUCGUGCGCUACGCGGGCGAGAUACGGCAUAGUCUACAAACCGGCACGCCAUGCGCAAUGCAGCCCGACCUACCGACCACUCUGCAGGACAAGGAACUGCAGAGCGCCAUCCGCCGCUGCUGCGAGUUCGACCCUGCUAAGCGUCCGACAACUGAGGAGCUGGUGACACUGCUCUCCUAG